CUUGAUUGCAUAAACCGGAUUGAAAAUGUAUCUAAGUCGGAGAAUACAGAGCGGAGGUUUUGCGGUGUAUAGGCAGGGCCUUGCGGAGGUCUUACAAAUAUACAACAAAGUUGAGAGGAAGACAACUUUGAAUCCAUGUCCGGCGAUUGUUCGAUUUGGAAGAGACUAUCAUAACCAAAUGUGUCCACAAGGUCUCAAGUUAUCAAAUCCGCUUAAUGCCGGGAGAUACUUUAGUAAUGGUUCCAACAACUCCAAUAUGCAACCUUCUCCUCCAAACCAAUGGUUUAAUUUUUCUUGGGGAAGAUGGGUUAUAGGUUCUGCGAUAUCCUUAGUGUUAUCUUUCUGGAACAACGAAAGGAUACAAAAACUGAAACGGAUCGAAGGAGAGGCAGAGUUGGUCGUGGAAGGGGUAGAGGCUGUAGCAGAAAUGGUGGAGAAAGUAGCGACGGCGACUGACGAAAUGGCUGAAGAAAUAGCAGAGAAACUGCCUGAGAAAAAUAAACUAAAACAAGUGGCUUUGGUUCUAGAACAUAUUUCAGAGGUUGCUGCCCAUGAAGCACAUUUAACCCAAGAUUUCCUUCACAAGGUGGAAAAAGUCACACAAGAUAUAGAUGACUUGGAGGCAAUGAUAAAGCCUUUGAUAGACAAAAAAGUGGCAAAUGCUGAAACAAAGCAUCAAAGUAAAGAAGAAGAAGCAAACCCUGAGUCGCCUUCACGCCACUAAUCUCUUCAUAUAUCAUCUAAUUUGGAUGUAAUAAUAAUAAAAAAAAAAACUUCUUCUAAAUAUAUAAUGAUUUGUUAUAUAGUCGUUUUAAUGAAUACAUUUUCAAAUU